CAUUCUGCAAAACAAGACAUUGGCCUCAGCACGGUUCUCGGUUUACAGCUUUGACAUCGGCAAAAGGAGCUUGCCAUCGGGUAGCCAGCAUACCUCACUCGAGUCGCUCGUGGAAAACUUCACAGGUGAGCAUAGCAUAGGGACGACCGCUGGUUCCUGCCGCUCUGAGAUACUAAGGCCAUCCGGUGAUUCCCCAGACCUUCAUCCAAGAUGUUAGGGCAGCUUCAGUUCCGAUCUGCGGCCGCAACCGCUAAGGCGCUUCACGGACUUUCUCAGGCUCAACGCACCCAGUCUGCUGUUGCCGCUACGGCAUGCUCGGCACAACGAGCAACAGGCCGAAGGGCAGUCGCGACCUCGACCGACUAUGGCAAGACUUUCGACAAGAUCUUGAUUGCCAACAGAGGAGAGAUUGCAUGUCGUGUUAUCAAAACUGCUAAAAAGAUGGGGAUCAAAACGGUCGCCAUCUACUCCGAAGCCGAUGCGAACUCGCUUCAUGUGCGCCUAGCAGACGAGGCAGUCUUUGUGGGACCGCCACCUACGAGCAAAAGUUACCUCAAUAUUCCCAACAUCCUCGGAGCUAUCAAGCAAACCGGCGCGCAGGCUGUUCACCCUGGUUACGGAUUCCUGUCAGAAAACAGUCAAUUUGUCAAGGCUCUUGAUGGCGUCGGAGCGACUUUCAUUGGACCGAACGAGUCUGCUAUGGCUGCUAUGGGAGACAAGAUCCAGAGUAAAAUCAUUGCACACGAAGCCAAGGUCAACACCAUUCCUGGUUUUAACGGAGUCGUGAAGGACGCCGAACAUGCGGUCGAGAUUUCGAGAUCCAUCGGCUAUCCUGUCAUGAUCAAGGCUUCCGCUGGCGGAGGUGGAAAAGGAAUGCGAAUCGCUUGGAACGACAACGAAGCACGCGACGCUUUCAAGAUCUCGUCGUCCGAAGCUCUGUCCAGUUUCGGAGAUGACCGUCUCCUUGUGGAGAAGUUCGUUGAGGACCCGCGUCACAUUGAGAUCCAGCUGAUCGGAGACAAGCAUGGCAACGUCAUCUACCUGCCAGAACGUGAAUGCUCCAUUCAGAGGCGGAACCAGAAGGUCAUUGAGGAGGCACCUAGUGUUCACAUUGACGAGGCGACACGCAAAGCGAUGGGUGAACAAGCUGUUGCAUUGGCGAAGAAUGUAGGAUACUACUCGGCCGGUACCUGCGAGUUCUUGGUGGACCCGAAGCGGAACUUCUAUUUCCUGGAAAUGAACACUAGAUUACAAGUAGAGCACCCGAUCACCGAAUACAUCACAGGCUUAGAUCUCGUAGAGCAGAUGAUCCGGGUCGCCGCGAACCAGAAGUUGAACUUCAAGCAGUCGGACGUGAAAAUCAAAGGUUGGGCCUUCGAGUCCCGCGUGUACGCCGAGGACCCCGAAAAGUACCUCCCAUCCAUUGGUACGCUCAACAAGUACAUUGAGCCCAAGGCGAUCAAGGACGAGAUUCGCUGCGACUCUGGAAUCGUGGAGGGAAGUGAGAUUAGCAUUUACUACGAUCCUCUGAUCUGCAAGCUUUGCACGCAUGCACCUACUCGUGCUGAGGCUAUCACUACCAUGGAGAAGGCGCUUGAUACCUACGUGAUCAAAGGUGUCACACACAACGUCCCGCUUCUCCGCGACGUAUACUCUCACCCCCGGUUCCAAUCCGGAAAGAUUUCCACCGCGUUCCUGGCAGAAGAAUAUCCCAAAGGAUUCAAGGGUCACAAACUCACGGAAGAAUCCAGCGAAGAGCUGGUCGCCAUCUCCGCCGUCAUUCACUCCCUCCGCGACGCCCGCAAGCGCGGAUGGGUGCAAGGCGGCGGCUCCUUCGCCGACAACCGCGUCGGCACACCCGUCGCAAAGUCCGAUUGGUCGUUCUUUGUCGGCAUUGGCGAGAACGCCACCCAGAAAGCGGACGUCAAGAAAGUAAGCGACGGCACGUACACUGUUGCCAUUGAUGGAAAGGCGCCCGUCACUGUGUCGAACCUUGAGUGGGUGCUGGAGAGCCCUAUCAUCCAUGCGCACGUCAAGGGAGCGAAGGGGGCUGCGCGACCCGUCACGAUGCAGUAUUUGGAGACGGAUGCUUCGGGAUACAAGUUGCAGCACUAUGGCACGAAGUUCUCCGUCCGCCUCCAAACCCCGCUCCAAAACCAGCUCUCCAUCCACAUGAAACCCAAGCCCAAGAUCGACACAACCCGCAUGAUCCUCGCCCCCAUGCCCGGCACCGUCGUCUCCGUCGCCGUGAAAGUCGGCGACCUUGUCGCAGAAGGGUCCGAGCUCGCCGUCGUCGAGGCGAUGAAGAUGCAAAACGUGCUUCGCGCGCCGAGGGCGGGGACUAUCAAGGGCGUUUAUGUGAAGGCGGGAGAGAGUGUGGGUGGGGAUGAGGUUAUGAUUGAGUUUGCGGGGGAUGCGGCGAAGACCGUGAAGAAGAGUGCGUGAGGAGUGACUGAGAUAGCAUAGGUAGAUCACACUCCACAGUUCUUUCAACAUCUCAAGCGUUAGUGUGGCGUUGGACUAGAAUAUCUCAU